ACACCCAGAACUGGGUCCAACUGCACCCAGACACAGAGCAGUCUCUCUGGGCAAGGGAUCCACACAUCUCAUGCCUGGGCUGCAACAGAAUCCGAUUAAUAACAGACCUGACUGGGCAGAAGAAGGACUUUACUGCAGACUGGGUCUAUGUUGCCAGUUGAGGACAGACGUGAGAUGAGAAGUGGCUUUUUCGUCCUUUCGCUUAUCGACUUGCAAUGGCAGUGGAUUCGUCAUGCUUUGCGUAUUCAAGGAAGAGUCAUUUUGUGUGUCAUUUUAGUCAUCAGUAGGUCGUCAGCUUUUAAAAGUUGUCAGUGAGUGAGGUCAUCAUAGAGGAGGCGGAGCUUGUCUGGCAGGGCUCUUCCCCUUUCAAGCAUACCUUGAUCCGGAUUGGUCGAGAUGGCCUGGUUUGACAUAGCAGCCAAAAAACUGGGAUUUCCCACCAUAGAGCUUUUUGUAAAGGCUGGCAGUGAUGGGGAGAGCAUCGGCAACUGUCCCUUCUCCCAGAGACUCUUCAUGAUCCUGUGGUUGAAAGGGGUCAUCUUCAACGUCACUACUGUGGACCUCAAGAGGAAACCAGCCGACCUUCAGGACCUUGCCCCUGGAACAAACCCUCCGUUUGUGACGUUUAACGGGGAAGUGAAGGUGGACGUCAACAAAAUCGAGGAGUUCCUGGAGGAGAAACUCACACCGCCACGGUACCCUCGCCUGGCAGCCGGACACCCGGAGGCCAACACUGCAGGCAUCGAUGUGUUUGCCAAGUUCUCAGCCUACAUCAAGAACCCCCGCAAAGACACUAACGACGCUCUUGAAAAGGCUCUGCUGAAGUCUCUGCAAAGGCUCGAUGGCUUCUUGCGGACCCCGCUAUCGGACGAGAUCGACGGGAACAGCGCGGACAGAGCCCUGGAGUCGUCCCGCUGUUUCCUGGAUGGGUCUGACCUGACCCUGGCAGACUGUAACCUGCUGCCCAAACUACACAUCCUCAAGGUGGUUGCCAGGAAGUACCGUGGCUUUGAGAUCCCAGCCGACAUGACAGGGGUGUGGCGAUACCUGAACCACGCCUACCAGAGGGAGGAGUUUAUCAACACCUGUCCUGCCGAGAGGGAGAUCGAAUUUGCCUACUUGGAUGUGGCCAAACGGAUCAAGUAGAAAGGGGGAAGGUUGAGAAUUAAAAGGACCAAUUCCAAAACGUUUCCUCUCACCCUUUACUGGGAUGUUGAUGACUCUUGAUGAGUGCAUGGGUUGGUGGAUAGGACAGUCGUGUUCAAUUUUUACAUUUAGUUUGGAAUUGGACCAUAGCAUUCAAAACAAAUACGUGUGUUUGAAUGUAUGUUUGUGUGUAUGUGUGUGUGUGUGCGUGUGUGUGUGUACUCACAGGUUGGGUUUCACAGUGGUUGUGUUGUACUGUCCGAUGUCAAUAUGAGACCCAUAGAUUGAUCAGGUCUACAUGAAGAACAAUGCUUUUAGUCCAUUAUUAGUACAAUACUGGACAUAUGUUUGUCCAGUACUGGUCCUAAUCUACAAUGUGUACAAUAUCAAGGUCUAUUGGAUGGGCAACAUACUGUAGUCAGAGUAUAUUGCAACAGACUCCAAAUCCCUGAGAGCAUGUCUGAACUACAUGAAGCAACCAUUACCAUUUAGGCUCCAUGCUGCAUUGUAAGAGUAAUUGUAAACAGUACACCUGUCAUCAUUUUCAUUGUGAAUCCGACACUAUGGCCUUGACCACCAUUUAUUAUUAUGUACCUAUUUAUGCAUCGGAAUCAUUAACAUGAGAAAGUCUCUCUCGAUUAAAAUCAACGUAUUUUAGUUCUUUCUAUUUUUUUUUUGUUCGUCAAUCAGAGUGGAUAGACUGACAAGUUGCAAGGACCAGGAUCUGCCAGUUGUCUACUUGUCCCUUUUAUAAAAAGCUAACUGUACUCCCUAUCACUGUACCAAUGAUAACAUCACUGCUUCUACUAACGAAUUGAUCAUGCUUAAAUGUCUUAUUUGUGUGUACUGAUGGACUGUCGGGACAGAGAUGGGCGGGGCUUGAUGUUGAGUAGCAAACCUGAUUGGGCAUUCCCUGGCCAUGUGAUGGACUCUGGUGGCCAUUUUGUUUUGUGGCGUACAUGUGGAACUAUAUGCACCAAAACCAACACCCACACAGCCCUGUGUACAUGCCUUACACCCCUCAGCAGAGGGAGUCAUAUUAAACUGAUAUCAGAUCACUGCUGUGCUCGCGUGUGUGUCUUGUCAGGGUCUCUCUUGGUUUAGCCUGGGUGGAGGGUUCCCAAGAAGUGACACAGAGGUCAAAGGUCAUCCAGGUUCAGGAUAUGCAGGCUGAAGGAUCUGGAUGUUUGGUGUUGUCAGGAAACAGCACAGCUAUGUGAAAGUAGGACAACGCAGACUUCAGAUAUGAAGACAUAGUGUCAGCAGUGAAGUGAAGUACUUUCACCCAGAAAAACAUGGAUGUCAUGCACUGAAAGACUAUAGUCAAGUAGACCUUAGAUGUCCUUGGAUUCUAACGGUUCAGGAGAGCUUCUUUUUAAGUUUGGGGAGCCCUGUUUCCAGGGGAACAUGGACACUUUUUGUGUCCUUUCUGUGGAACACUAAACCCAAAAGCCCUAGUAUCAACAACUAUCAUUUUACAGCCCAGAAUACACAUGGCUGCUAUGGUAACAAACACUCCAGGAAUCCCAGAGGCUUUCACACAGUAUGUAGAUUAAUACUGAGUGUGAAGGCUGAGAGACAGCGUGAACAUCCGACAUGUUUGAGGUAGUUAAAGCGCAUUCCUACCACCAUGUCAACAUCAUCUCUACUGCACAGUCCCAUUCACCCAAGGUUCACAUGUAAAACAACUUGCUUUUUUGGGACCAAGGUGUUCUCUGCCUUAGCUGUGUACUCUGCAAUAGCUGCAGUGAAGCAAACAAGAACUUGACCUUGCGACACCCUAGGGAAUUCACUGGUCUUUAUGAAGACAUAUGACUCAACUCAUUGACUGGCCACCAUUUUGUUCAA